CUGAACUCCCUCUUUGUCCGCCUCACCAAUAAAAAGCCGGCGUUCCCCUGAGCCAGAGCAGUGCCACUCGCUCGCCUGGCGUUCAGUAUCCAUCGGGCGCCAUGUGGACGCAGACCGCCGCCCUGCUGCUGGCCUGCUGCCUCGGGCCGGCUCAGGCCCAGAGCAUCUGGGACAACCCCAUCACGUUCAACAGCAAAGCCAAGGACGCCUGCACCAUGGCGGUCACCGGCCAGGGGGAGUACACCAAGCUGAGGCUGCUGUGCCAGAGCAGCAAGCGCUCCUACUGGUGCGAGUACCUGGGCAAGCCGUACGCCUGCCGCGCCUACAACAAGAACCCCCGCCACUUCUUCGUCCAGAUGAUGUGGGUCCUCAGGAAGCACCCCAACGCCUGCCAGGGGCCCAGGAGCAUCAAGCCCCACAUGUGCAGGAAGGAGCCCUCCGACGACUCGCAGAUGGUCUUCACCGCCGCCUCCUUCGCACAGUCCGAGGCUUCGCCCAGGACGGCGCAGAGACCCGGGGUGCAGCCGGCCAGGCCUCGGCCGGACACCACGGGGCCGGGGUCGGCGAGGCGGGCGGCCGCCAAGGUCCGAGUGCCUCCGAGAGCCAGGACGACUCAGAGGGCCGCCGCACGACCGACCCCGCCUCCGACCGAGAGCCACGCCAAGAGGCUGGCUCGACAGUACUGCUGGAGGUCCAUGCGGGGCGUCUGCUCCUUCAUCAUCGGCUUCAUUCCAAAGUAACGGUUUACGUGUGAGAUGAAGAUUGAUUGUGAUGUGAGAGGAGGCAGCCUGUGGAGGGAAACCCAGACUGUGGCUGCAGAGCUGCAGCGCCCCCCUCAGGAGGAGGGCCGCCACUGCAGGAGCUCACUGUGGAGCAAUCUCCCGCUAUUUAUACCUGUUCACUUGUAUAUAAUCUGCUCGUAUCACGUGAUAUUAACUUGAAUCAUGUUUUUUAUUUGGGCUUGAAAAAGCAGUGUUUUUUGUAUUUGUGAAUUUAUAAUAAAGUGUGAAAUUGUG